AUGACUGACAUUCCAAAGAGGCAAUGGGCUCAGGUCUUUGAGACCAGUGGUUCAGCAUUGCACUUUACCCAAGUACCUGUUCCCGUGCCCGGCGCUACCGAGGUGCUCGUCAAUAUCAAAUACUCGGGAGUGUGUCACUCGGAUUUGCAAGCGUGGAAAGGGGGCUGGCCACUUGAUCCGAAGAAAGGUCUUAUCGGAGGUCAUGAGGGCGUGGGGAUUGUUGUUAAGACAGGAGAGGGAGUUGAAGAUUUAGCUGUGGGUGACCACGUUGGAAUACAGUGGAUCAACAGUAUCUGUGGUUCUUGUGUAUCCUGUGAUUCCAAUGAUCAGAGGUCGUGUGCAAGUGCUCAGUUUUCUGGGUACACCAGAGACGGCACCUUUCAGCAAUACGUCGUCUGUAAGGAACUCUGUGCCGUUCGAAUUCCUCCAGAAGCGCCUUUAGACAAGAUUGCUCCCAUUCUUUGCGCUGGGGUAACUGUCUAUCGCGCUCUUCAAGAGACCGGCGCCCAGGCGGGUGAUAUAGUUGCCAUUGCUGGUGCUGGUGGGGGGCUCGGGACCCUAGCUUGUCAAUAUGCGAAGGCGAUGGGUUUUCGAGUACUUGCAAUAUCAAGUGGAGCUGAGAAGAGAACGCAUUGUGAGAAAUUGGGCGUGGACUAUUUUGCGGACUAUAAAAGCUCCAAGGAUCUCACCCGUGAUAUUCAGAGGCUUACCAACGGAGGGCCUCAUGCUGUGGUAGUGGUAUCAUCAGAUGAUCGUCCCAUCUCCCAGGCUGUUGAGUACAUCAGAUCUCGGGGAACAAUUGUGUUAGUUGGCUUGCCGCCAGGGGCAGUCAUAAAAGCCGACCUCUUCUCGGUCGUCAUCCGCAUGAUCACUAUCAAGGGAUCUUAUGUUGGCACCAGAGAGGAUACCGAGGAGGCACUGGAAUUCUUCCUUCGUAAAAACCUCGCCAUGCAAUGCCAGAUCAUGGAACUUGAGCAAUUACCCCAAGUCUAUGAUAUGAUGGAGAAAGCAAGUAUCAAAGGUCGAAUAGUUUUGAGGAUGCCUGAAAGUGCGGACCUUCUAUAG